UAUGAAGUUUUUCUGUUUCAUAAAACAAAUGAUUUAUUUGAUUACAGUCAAAUAAUAUAAAAAAUUUAAAAAUACAAAUCAGUAUAAGUCUUGAAUAUAAAACACAGUAUAUGUUUACCUGUAACCAGGAAAUGCAAUAAAAUGUCACAGCCUCCGUUAGAGAGUAUUAGGGCCUCAUCAUGCCGCAUCUGCUUAACCACCAAGAAACCUUUAUGUCCACUAUUUAGAUAUAAAUUAGCAGGAAAUUAUGCCGAAAUGUUAACAGCUAUUGCAGAUAUAAAGGUUCUACCCAAUGAUGGCCUACCAGAAAAAAUUUGCACGAAAUGCUGCACCAUACUGGAAAGAGCAUAUAUUCUUAAAUCUACAGCAGAAAGAUCCGACAAAAAGAUGAGGAAAAUUAUAUCACAUUCAAAAACAGCAAAUACAAAGAAAAUUGUAUUCAGUACUAUCACUGACAUAAAGGCAGAAAUAGCUCCAUUAGUGAAAGUUGAACCAAAAUGGGAAUUAGAUGUACUUCCACCAAACACCAUACCAAGUGCUGAUAAUAUAAAUGGAAAUGAUAUCGUUAUAGCAAAUACAGUAAUAAGGAAAGUGGAGAAUUGUAAAAAAGAUUCUCAAGAAAUAGAUGAAUUAGAUGAAGAUUUUUUCAAUGACACAGGUUUUGAUAAUGAUGAUGACGAUGACUACCUUCCACCUAAAACACAGAAAUUACAACUGAAGUUCAAAAAACCCAAGCUUAAUGAUGUCAAGGUUUUUAAAACAAAAAAAGGAGUCGUAAGAAGUUUAAAAAUAAACAAAUUUAAGACAGAAAAAGCAGAAGAUAGCGGUGGAGACCAGAAAAAUACGGUUCAAUGUUUUCCUCUGCUUCGGAAUGGUACAAGAGGCCCACCUAUUCUUUUGAAGAGACCAAAGGAUGCGACAGUGAUUCGGUUACCUGCCUAUAACCCGAAAGUAAAGCCAUCGAUACACGAAGGUCACAAUGGUCAAAAACAGAAGGAGAAAAUGGUUUGUCCCAUAUGUGGUAUACUAACAUCUACGCUGGGAAAUCAUAUUGCAACCCAUGAAGAAAAGAAGAAAUUUAACUGCACAGAAUGUUCGAGAUCGUUUGCACAUAAGAGUAACAUGGUAAUUCAUAUGAAAAAGCACACAGGUAUAAAAGAUCAUAUUUGUGAGAUAUGUGGCUCCGGAUUCUAUUCGCAAAAGUCAUUAAUAAGGCAUAAUUUAAUACAUAAAAAUGAAAGGCCAUUCCAGUGUGAUCUGUGCUCAAAGAAAUUUAUAGUUAGGUGUGACCUGAACCGGCACCUCCGCAUCCACGCCGGUUACAAGCCGUACAAGUGCAGCACCUGCACGAUGUCAUUCAACGCGAAACAUCAGCUGCAGAACCACGAGAGGAUGCACACCGGUGAGCGACCGUACACGUGCCAGGUGUGCAGCGUCGCGUUCAGCUACAAGGUGAACCUAAACAAUCACGUGGCGAAGACACACGGCGUCAACCUUAAGUUCAAGUCGAUCCAUACGGUUACCGAUGACGUGUUGCGUCGCGAGAUGGGUAUUGCGAACGAGACCCGCGAGGCGAUCGCACACAUACUGCCGCACCUCACUGACCGGCAGGCUGACCUGCCCGCUGACACUGUGGCCACAACUCGAGACCGAGACCGCGAGCUACUAGCCAAUACUACUAUGAGAAUAUUUUAGUUGAUUGGAAUUAGUAUUAUGUGUUGCGUCGCGAGAUGGGUAUUGCUCACUGACCGCCAGGCCGACCUGCCCGCUGACACUGUGGCCACAACUCGAGACCGAGACCGCGAGCUACUAGCCAAUACUAAGAUGAGAAUAUUUUAGUUGAUUGGAAUUAAUAUUAUGUGUUGCGUCGCGAGAUGGGUAUUGCUCACUGACCGCCAGGCCGACCUGCCCGCUGACACUGUGGCCACAACUCGAGACCGAGACCGCGAGCUACUAGCCAAUACUACGAUGAGAAUAUUUUAGUUGAUUGGAAUUUGUAUUAUGAUGUGAUGCGUCGCGAGAUGGGUAUUGCUCACUGACCGCCAGGCAGACCUGCCCGCUGACACUGUGGCCACAACUCGAGACCGAGACCGCGAGCUACUAGCCAAUAUACGAUGAGAAUAUUUUAGUUGAUUGGAAUUUGUAUUAUGAUGUGAUGCGUCGCGAGAUGGGUAUUGCUCACUGACCGCCAGGCAGACCUGCCCGCUGACACUGUGGCCACAACUCGAGACCGAGACCGCGAGCUACUAGCCAAUAUACGAUGAGAAUAUUUUAGUUGAUUGGAAUUACUAUGAUGACGUGUUGCCAUAAAUAAGAUUGCACCCACUAAUAGUACCAAAGCUGCUCGCUAACACUAUGAUGAAUUAAUUUUUAAUUUUUUGGAAAUAAUUACAAGAAUAUUUUAGUAUGUUGGAAUACAAUUGUUAAUCGAACCAUAAAUAAUAUUGCAGUUACUAACAGUGCCAAAGCUGCUUGCUAAUACUGGGACGAUAAGAUUUUAGCGUACAAUUGUGGCUCGAGCAAUAAAACCUCGAUCCCUGCUCAACAAGCUGUCACAUCGUUUUAAUGUCUGGAAUUCUACAACCGCGCGCUGAUCAAGAAACAUCUUGCCUUAUAACAGCCUCUGUGGAAAAAACUUUCGGCUCCAGUAGUCCUGUAGCUUUAAGGCUGGCAACGCAUCUGGUAUUGCGGGGUGGUCCAUAGUUGGCUGGUCCAUAGUUGGCUGGUUUUUCACUUUCCAUCGGAUUACCCUCUUGGCCAUAUGGCUCUCUGGUUGAAUAUUUUAGUUAAAAAAAAGCAAAUGGCGGCCGUGCAAUAACGCUCCCAUCGUAAGACAAGAAUUAGUGUAAUAUUAAUGUAAUGUGGUUUUAAUAAAUUAUUAUAAUGAUA